CAGUUUGUACAAGAUGAUGUUUGGAUCAUCCAAAAUGUUCUCUGGGGACAACUUGGCUCAUCUGGGUUUGACCCUGCUUUUAAAUUUUGUUCAAACUGCGGCAGUGAAAGGGCUGACAACCAUAGUUGGAUAUUCAAUAGGAAAGAAGCUGGCCGCCAAUAUGGGGAAAAAAGCAGCAAACAAGACAGCUGGACGUAUUGCAGGAGGAGCAGUUGGACUUCUGUUCUCAGUUCCUGAGCUGAUUAUCCACUGUCAAAACGUGAACAACUGUGAGACAGAAAUCAGUCAGAGUCUCAGAGAGAAUGCUGACAUCAUACGGACCGCUGCUGAAGAGCUGGAAAAAGCACUUGAUGAAAUUCAGAGGAUGCUUGAAGAGAUCUCUAAAAGACAACGCGAACAAGAAGAAAGAGAAAAGAGGAGACGACAUCAAGAGAAAAAGGAACUGCUGUUAGGUUGCACAGUGGUUGUUUUCGUUGUCUUUCUGGCCUUCCUUGCUUUCCGUACCUUCCUCAGUGGAAACAGCAGCUUUGGCAAAGAAAGCAAUCAUGAGACCAAUCCGUCGAUAAAUGAUAAAAGAUCCAAGAUCUUAGAGAGUGUCACAGAAAACAACCUGGACCUCUUUGGAACAACUGAAACAUGGUUUCAAAGGGACACCACCAAUGAUGUCUUUGGAGAAUCUGCACCAAAAAAUGUCAAAUAUUAUCGUCAGUCAAGAGACAGUGGAAGGGGAGAGGUGGUGGUUCAGUUUUCACAGGUGAUUCGGGGCGAACAAAUCCUUUUUGACAUCGUUAUGAGUUUAGAUCAUGUCCAGGACAAGAGCAGAAACCAGGAGACUUCAGAUGAAUCUCAAACAGAUCAAACACAAGAGCAUAAACAAGGAGAUCAAACUGAUCAAAGCAGAGGUGAACAAGAGAGAGAGAGAGACCAAAAUGAAGAGAGUGGAGGUGAAGAACAGGAAGGUGAUGAUCAGGAAGAUGAACAGAGAGAUGAUGAGGAUGAAGAGAGUGAUCAGAGUGAAGAGAAGAGCGGUAACAACACCGUUACCAACAAAACCAAUCAUGACACCAACCAAAGCCCUCGUGGAACAAUAAACAUGGGGUUGCUCAAUGUCCGGUCAAUAAAUAAGAAAAAAAUCAACAUCUCACAGCUUUUGAAACAACUUAACAUGUCUGUCUUUUGCAUAACAGAGACAUGGACCAAAAAGGAAACUGCAGAGAAAGUCCUCAGAGAAUCCUCAGCACAAAAUCACAGUGUUUGUUCUGUGUCAAGGGAAGGUCGAGGGGGAGGGGCAGCGAUUCAGUACCUUUUAUCAUGUAAGCAUCAAAGUAAUCACUCUGACUUCAUUACGACCUUUCAAUAUGUUGCCACAGUCCUGCAACAUGAUGCGUGGGACACAUCUGUCCUGGUCAUCAAUGUGUACCACCCUCCGAAGGACAACUUGACCCGAUUCAACACCUUCCUGAAUGAGUUGCAGAUGCUCUUGGAUGUUUUUGAAAACUCGAACAACAUCAUCAUAACUGGAGAUUUCAAUAUCCACGUCAACAACGACAAAAAGACCUCUACUAAACUCUUUAAAGAAUUUUUGAAGAACAACACACUCCUUCAGCAUGUAAAGGUGCCAACACACAAGGGAAAUAACACUCUGGAUCUGGUCAUCACCAAAAAUGUAGAAAUCUUCUGUCUGAGUGUCAUCAACUACAAUAUAUCAGAUCAUUGCCUUAUAAAGUUCAAGGCCAGACCAGAGUCUACAAAUGACGAACAGGUAAAACGAUUCAAAAGGGAACAUCACAGUGGCCCUGAAGGUCAAAACACAACAACAAUUCAGACAACAAAACAAGAAUUGAACAAACACAACAACUUUUCAGAUAAUGGAAAGGGAGGGACAACACGUUUGUGACUGGACAGAACAUCAGUUAAUUCAGAGUUUAACUCGACAGCAAAACAAUCAAUUGCAGUUGUGCUGUUGUGUUUUGUGAAAUGUUGCUUUGUUUUGACCAUUGAACCAUUUUGACAAUUUUAAAUCAUUUGAGUGACUACAAAGAAUCCAUGUCACUUGUUAAAUGAUGUGGUUUGUUUUUCAUGGUGAGAAAGAAAUCAGGACUAUCAUAUUUUUAAUCUUGUUAUCCUGUAAAAUGUUUAAGAGUUUUGUUCUUUAGUGCCAUCUAGUGGCCGUAGUUAUUAUUAUGGAAACAAAGUAGAUGAUGUAUAAUGAUUUCAAUAUAAUGAACGACAGCUGAAAACAGAUGCAACAGGAUCCAAGCACACUGACAGAGUCUUCACCAAACUCGAAAUCUCAAAAUCAUUUGUGUU